AUGUGGCGUCAAUUCGGUCUGCUUUGCGCUCUUCUCGGUGCUACCGCUUCUGCCGACAGCAAUAACGACUGGCACAUGACCCCCGUCAAGAUCAUCCAGGCCCGUGUUCAAGGAGACCCGCCUGUGUGGCACCCGGAGGUCAACCUGUGGCUGUCCAAGUACGGUGACACCACGGAAGCUGCCUACGUUAACAACCUCGACACAGUCAAUAUGGCGUCUGUGGAAGGAGCUCUGAUGUAUGUGCAGGCUGAAGGCAUUAACGUGAACGAGCAGUCGGUCAAGUGCCAACGCAAAAAUAACAUGCAGUACGUCGUGUUCUACGAAAUGACCAUCGUCCAACCGACCUAUAGCAUCAAGUAUUACGAAAACCACACGCCCCCGGAGUACGGUGACUUCGUGGCCAUGGACGGCGCCAAAUGCACGAAUGCAGGCGCUGACCUGCCGAAGAGCUGCAAAGUUUACUACGGGCUGGACGGUACCAUGGAUAUUGGCCCGAACGUUGGUUGCAACCCGCAGGGCUCGGAUCCGCGUGCUCCGUACCCGGACAACUACUGGUGCUCGUUCCCGAACUCGUGCGCUCAGAAAUACCGUGCGGAGAAGACGGCCGAGUGCAGGGCGCAAUACAACGGUGGCCUGUGCCCCAUGGGAGUCCAGCCCGAUGGCGAGACGUGCACGUACAGCUACAAGAUUCUGGGCUACCUGAACAUCGACGACCUGGUUGGCAUCACUAAGAUGGGCCACAGUAACUACCAGCAGUUCUGUGAGAGCGGUGGCAUUGAGUUUAAGGCGAAGAACACUGGUAAUGGCUUUGAGGUAGAGCAAUGCAUCGACUUCUGGAAGAAUCCUGGCGACCAGGCCGCCAAUGCCAACCGUGCCGCGCAAAUGGUAGCCGUGUACAACCAGCUGGCCGGCAAUGGCACGAGUACCAACAUGACGCCGUUGCCGUCGGUGGAGAGUCUGACCGCCGCGAAUCCCAAGUGCUACCAGAACAGUGCGACUUGUGCCCACGCCCAGUUUGGCUGCAGCCGCUCGCUGUACUCUCAGGUCUGUCAGGUGUGCUCGGCUCAGGGAGCUGGCUGCGAGACCGCGCCAGCGGACUUUUCGUUCCCCAAUCUGUCCCUGCCCCCUGGAUCUAGCUAAGGUCGACGAAGGCAACUACGAGGGUAUGGGGGUAACCGAUAUGCCUACUCUUCGAGUACUAAACACUGGAGAAGCUCCCAGGACUACAACAGCAACAGUACAACAGCAUAAAAUGUAAAUGUCAAUGAGAGUUUAUACUACCAAA